AUGCCGGAACUUGACGCCGAAGAUGAUUCGCACUUAUUGGGCAUGGCCGGCAAUGCGAAAGCACUUUCUAUCCAUUCCGAUUCAUGUGCUGACAGUGUGUUAGGACUUUCGGAAUUAGAAGACGAUGAACCGCCCUUGGAUCAAAAACACUUGAACUUAGUGCAUGAAGAACUUGAGAAAUUGAACAUCGCCACUGAUGUCAUUAACAAGCUUGAAGUACAACUCGAUGGAGCAAGAGCCUGUUUUCGAGAAAUCCAAGCUUCUUGGUCUGAAAAGCUGAAAGAACUUUCGAAGAAGUACAGCACGGCGAUUGCCAAAGCCAGGCCUUAUUACGAGGCUAAAAUUCAGGAAAGAAAGCUACGUGAUGAAUCCCAAAGAGCAGCAAUACGGUUUGAACGUGCUACUUCUUUAUUAGCUGUAGCAAAACAGCAAGUGGCUCUCACCCAGGAUAGUCUAAACCGUCAGACGACUGUACAUCCAGAAUGUCUUGAGAACGCCCAGGAGGAUGUUGCCCUACAUGAGACGAUGAUGCGAAUUCGACACCGUAGAAAAAGGGUAUUGCGAAAUGUACCGUGCUCAAUGCGCAGCAUUCAAGCUACAUUUGCGGAUAGCGUUCUCAAGUUGCGGGUGCUUAAUCACCAUAUCCAACGGGUGAAUGAGGCAGAGGAGGAGCGUUUGGCCAGCGGAGAUGAGCAUCGCGCAAUUUCUGAACGAUUAAUGAAGCUGGCCGACCAGAUACGCAAGAUGGAGAAGGAUCAACGGUGGAGAAUUGGAUUUCACCAUAAAUUUUGGAAAUCGGAUGUUUUAUCUAUGUUCAGAUCAUCCAUUAAAAAAUCUCGGACUUACUUUGACCAAAGGCUAGAGUUCACUCGAGUGCUAGAACGUCAAAAGGAGCUGAUCUUACGACUUGAGGCUGAGGUAAUAAUAUCAUUCCAAUACUUUUUUGUUGUUCGACAAAAGAAAUGCGACUACACGACUUCUUUGCGCAACCUCGAGCGCAUCUCCGAUUCAAUUCACGAACAAAGAAGCAUCGGAAGCGGAUCUGCCCGCGAACCGCCUGCUAAUCCGCCGCCCUAUCAGCCGACGGCUCCUCCUCCUUAUGAUGAUGAUGAUGACGGCAGAUAUGCGAUUAGUCAAGAGACGGACGAGGUAAUCGCUCCAGUGCUAUGCUUAAUGCGUGCGAAUGGUUGCGCUGAUUGGCCUCAGCGUCCCGCAGGAAUUGGCUCCGGCGUGAUCCUUCUAGCACAGCAACUUAUUGGUGGUGGUGAGAGGAGGGAGUCAGAGCCGACGAUUUCGCACUAUCGAACGUUACCCCAAGGUAUACCGAACUCACCGAGUGAUUCGUCUGAGGUUUCGUCGUUGGCCAGCGUACGUACUUCCGGUCUCGGCUUCACUGAUGAUGAAGCAUUAUCUGGAAUGCUUCGGAGCCAUUCUACUUUGAUCCAGGUAGGAUCAUGGGCUUUUAGACCAGAAAAAUUGAUUUAAUU